AUGGGCCCCACUCUUGUGCUAUAUCUGCAAGAGUCUGGCUUCUCCCACUCUGCAUUCACCUUUGGCAUAGAGAGCCAUAUCAGUCAGUCUAACAUCAAUGGAGCGCUGGUGCCCCCUGCUGCCCUUAUAUCCAUCAUUCAGAAGGGACUGCAGUAUGUGGAGGCUGAAGUCAGCAUCAAUGAGGACGGGACGUUGUUUGAUGGAAGGCCCAUUGAGUCUUUGUCCCUGAUUGAUGCUGUGAUGCCAGAUGUGGUACAAACCAGGCAACAGGCAUACAGGGACAAGAUGGCACAGCAGGCAGCGACCGGCAGCGGGACCCAGGGAACCGCCAAGAACGGAGAAGGAACUGCAAAUGGUGAAGAAAACGGAUCACUCACUGUAGCGAAUCAUCAUUCAGAGAUGAUUGAAGUGGAUAGAGAUGUAGAGAUUCCUCAGAGUAAAGCGAUGGUCCUAAGAGGCCACGAAUCUGAAGUUUUCAUCUGUGCCUGGAAUCCUGUCAAUGACCUGCUUGCAUCAGGGUCGGGGGAUUCGACGGCUCGAAUAUGGAACCUAAGUGAGAACAGCUCGGGCGGCUCAACUCAGCUGGUUCUGAGGCACUGCAUUCGGGAAGGAGGCCAGGACGUACCCAGUAACAAAGACGUCACCUCACUGGACUGGAAUAGUGAAGGCACGCUUCUUGCAACAGGUUCAUAUGAUGGUUUUGCAAGAAUAUGGACAAAAGACGGUAACUUGGCAAGUACUUUAGGGCAGCAUAAAGGACCUAUAUUUGCACUCAAGUGGAAUAAGAAAGGAAACUUUAUACUCAGUGCUGGUGUAGAUAAGACGACAAUUAUCUGGGAUGCUCACACAGGAGAAGCAAAGCAGCAGUUUCCUUUCCACUCAGCGCCGGCCCUGGACGUAGACUGGCAGAGCAACAACACAUUUGCCUCGUGCAGCACAGACAUGUGUAUACAUGUGUGUAAACUGGGCCAGGACCGACCUGUGAAGACGUUCCAGGGACACACUAACGAGGUGAAUGCCAUUAAAUGGGAUCCCACUGGCAGUUUGCUGGCAUCUUGCUCUGAUGAUAUGACACUGAAGAUCUGGAGUAUGAAACAGGACACAUGUGUUCAUGACCUCCAAGCCCACAGCAAAGAAAUCUAUACCAUCAAGUGGAGCCCCACAGGUCCUGGUUCCAAUAACCCCAGUGCCAACCUCAUGCUGGCCAGUGCGUCCUUUGACUCCACCGUUCGCCUUUGGGAUGUGGAGCGGGGUGUGUGCAUCCACACGCUGACGCGGCACCAGGAGCCGGUCUACAGUGUGGCCUUCAGUCCGGACGGCCGACACUUGGCCAGCGGCUCCUUCGACAAGUGUGUUCACAUCUGGAACACUCAGACGGGAGCCUUGGUCAAUAGCUACCGUGGGACUGGGGGAAUCUUUGAGGUUUGCUGGAACGCCACAGGAGACAAAGUAGGGGCCAGUGCGUCAGAUGGAUCUGUUUGUGUAUUAGACUUGAGAAAAUGA